AUGUCAGAGAUAGCACCCUCCCCGGCCACCAACCGGCCCUCCACGCCCCCCGACGCAAAGAUCGACCACGCCGCCUCCCUCCGCUACUGGAACAGCGUGCCCGCCAACGCGCACGUCAUGCUCGGCAUGCUAGGCCAAUACCCCUGGUACACACGGAUCGACCUCCGAGGCUCGAAAACAUUCCUCAACAAAGUGCGCCGGCUGAUCCCGGACUGCCCGACGGAGGGUAAACUGGGCCGGGGGGUCGACUGCGGCGCGGGCGUCGGCCGCGUCACCGAGGGUCUGCUCAGCCAGGUCUGCACGACCGUCGACGCCGUCGAGCCCGUCGAGAAAUUCACGCAGGUCAUGCGCGACUCAGUACUGAAGCGCGACGGCGUGGUGGGCGAGAUCUACACUAUGGGCUUGGAGGACUGGACACCUGAGCGGCAGUAUGAUCUGAUCUGGACGCAGUUCUGCGUGGGCCAUUUGACGGACCGCCAGUUGGUGGAGUACUUUGUACGGUGUCGUGAGGCGCUGACGGCUACGGGUGUCUUGGUCGUCAAGGAGAAUCAGUCGACGGAUCCCAAGGGCGAGGAUAUGUAUGAUGAUGAGGAUAGUAGUGUGACGCGCACGGAUGAGAAGUUCCGCAACCUGUUUAAGGAGAGUGGGUUGAGCGUGUUGGCGUCGGAGUUGCAGUUGGGGUUUCCGAAGAAUUUUCGGUUGUUGCCUGUGCGGUUUUAUGCUUUGAGGCCGGUCUGA